UCAGCCACUCUCAGCCCUCGCCCCAACCCUCUGUCAGCCACUCUCAGCCCUCGCCCCAACCCUCUGUCAGCCACCCACAGCCCUCGCCCCAGACCUCCGUACAGCAGGAAAUGAUAAGAUCAUUUCCAGGAGUUUUUCAAAAGGGGUUGAAGGGAAAAUCAAAGUUCGUCCCCAUGAAACGCAAGGCACCAAAGACAGUUGUGAUGUCAUUUUACCUUCUGCCUCGCAUGACUACAAAAACUCCAAAAGGCAGUGAUGAAUUCAAGUUGAUUGAGGCAGGACUUGGGAAAAGAAGCUUAAAAGUUAACGAUAACAUCAGUCAUGCCGAAUUGUCUGAGAUGUUGUGUCUUGAAUUCCCCAAAAUGCAAGGCUUGGAUGGAGGCUGGCUGCUGUAUAAAGCAAUGGGUGGAAGUGGACAGAGGCCCCUAACUGUGAUUGCUCCAGAAUCAGAAGGCUAUACAGGAGCACUAGUACAAACAGCUAGCAAUUGUGGCAAAUCUGUUCUUUAUAUAGUGCCACUUCAACUGGAAAUUGAUAUGACUCCAUUGCCACUCAAUUCCAAAGAAUUUGAUAAAAUGCCCAAAGCUCACUGCAGUAGAUGCAAUGAACAAAUGCCAUUACAGCUCCUGGCAAUCCAUGUCAAUUCCUGUAGCAGUGCAAGUUAUUCUGACAGUGAGGAAUCAAUAACUGUGGAAUCGGAUGCUGCAGAAGGUGUGCAUGCAGAAGGUGUGCAUGCAGAAGGUGUGCAUGACGAAGGCAGCAAAGAACUAUUAAACUGUGACUCUGAUGUGGAAUUUGUUCCACCUGUUCUGAAUGCAGAACCAUCCAAAAAGAGCGAGUAUGCACCUUGCCCAAUAUGCCAGGAACCAUUUCCUCUUUAUUUUCUAGAGGUGCAUGCAAGCACAUGUGGUGAGAGGAAGGAGUGGUUAAACUAUCCUAAAACACAUCAGGCUUUUGCAGAAUUAAAUAUGAAAUACAGAUUAUUUGAACUUCAUGUAAUUUACUUUGUGAUUAAUUGUAUAAUUUCUCAUUAUUAGCUUUUUAAAUGUAAUUUAAGCAUCCAAAUGUUACCCAGGUUUAAAAACAUGUUUCAUUAAUGUUCAAUAGUGUAUCAUUUACUUUUAUGAAGGGACAAAAGUUUUCCCAUUGUGACAUUGUUCUCUUUUCUAUUGUAUAUAUUUCUCAGACCUGUAGAAAACCAAGGAACCUUGGAUGUAGAAAGAAAUGAGCCUCAUAGCCUUGAUGACAUCCUGCAAAAUCUAGCUGAACAGGUGGACAACUCUCAGACGUUCUCAGUCUGUGUCACUCGAUCUAACUUUUUUCACCGUGCUAUUCAACAAUGGAAAAGACAAAAGAAAAGCACCCCAAAGUGCUCCCUUAAAGUUUGUUUUGUUGGAGAGGCAGGCAUAGAUACAGGAGCAAUAAAGAAGGAGUUCCUUACUGACCUGAUGAAUGGAAUUGAAUUGCGCUACUUUGAGCCUGGCCCUGACAACAAGGGAAAGAAUCCUAUAUACUCAAUAAGUGCCCUGGAGGAGAGCUACUUCAGGAGCUUUGGAGAGAUCAUUGCUUGCUCCUUGGCUCAAGGAGGUCCAGCACCUGACUUCAUGCGCAAUUGGUGCUACACCUAUCUUGCUACAGGAGAUUUUGACCGUGUGGUAUUAACCCCCGAAGAUGUCACAGAUGUAGAAACCAUCGAAUUGAUUGAAAAGGUAAGAAUAGCCACCGAUGACGAAUUACGGAGUCUCACUGAUAAUCUGCUUUCCUGUGGAUAUACAGGUCUCAUAAAAACAGACAGAAAGGACCCAAUAAUAAGAACAAUCAUUCUAAACUCCCUGGCCCGAGUUCUGCCCAUGCUUGAGCAAAUGCGAAAAGGCUUGCAGCUCUACAACCUUCCGGAUGUGAUGGAACAACACAUGGACCUCUGUCGGCCUUUGUUUGUGCCACUGCAGGAUAACAAGCCCGAUGCAAACUUCCUUAUGGCAAGCUGCAAACCUGACUUUAGUGAAAAAGGCACCUCAAGACAUAAUCUUGAACAAAGUAUUCUGAACUACUUUCAAGAUUUUCUUCAGGAACUAAAGGAUGAUGAUGCAGUUCCUGAGCACUUUGACGAAACCGAAGACUCAGACACUGAAGUGGUUUCAAACACCAAGACACUUACAGUUCCAGGUGUCCUGCAGUGGUUAACUGGCCAGGCACACAAGCCAGUACUACCAAGUGAGAGAAACAAUUUUGAAAUUCAUGUAAAAUUCAAUCAUGUCUGCCAACAGGAAGCACAUACAAUUUGUUUUCCAAUAGUUAGUGCUUGUACUAAGACCAUAACUUUUCCAGUGGCACACAUGAGCUCUUACAGCGAGUUCAAACAUGUACUAACUCUGGCUCUGCGUUUUGGUAAUGUUUUUGGUAGAGUUUAAUUUGUGGAACAAUGAAGACAAUGAUUAUGGUACAGAAU